UCACCACCACUCACAAGCUUCUCAGCCUCUUCCGGAGUCACACCGGAAUUGACCCAGAUCGGGGUUUUCUGCAAGAAAGGGCUGUACGUGGCGACAAUGUCGUGCGGGGUGCCCCGUUUCUUGCCUUCCAUGAAGAAGCCUCGCUGUAUCGGACGAGGGCGACGUAUGACAGCCCCAUGGUGUCGACGGCCUUCAGAAGAUAGCUUUUUUGAAUGAUGGUCCUGAAAUAAAUACUCGCCAUUGUAGCCUCCAGCUGGA